UAUUUAUGUAAAUUUUUGUAUGGAGAAAUAUAUGCUUUGUGCCGUUUAAGAUUUGGGAUGUUUCACAAACAGACUCCGAAAAUGGAAGAGAAAACUGCGAGUGCGAUAACGAGCCCGAAGACGACACAAGAGCUGGCAAUGGAGGGCCAGAAGCUUCUAGAAGAAACCAUAGAGUCCGCCUUCCAGAUUCUCUCCUCCAUGAACGACGAGCUCUGCAACCCAGCCUUGUGGUCCACCACGUCCUCUUCUUCUUCAUCUGCUACAACUACGACUUCGAUUGCCAAUGGUCCUUCGCAUUCCUCAAACGGCGUCUUCAACGGCGAGGCGGCCUCUUCCGAUGCGCACCACGCGGAGAGUGGCGGUGGCGGUGGUGCUGGCAGUGGAGGAGCGCUCGAAGAGGCUCGGUUCCGGUACAAGAACUCAGUGAACUCGCUCCGGGCAGUUCUCGCCGCAAUCCCUAGCUCUCAGAGGGCAAAAGCAUUCGAAAUGGGUUCAACUCCAAGUGGUCCGGUAUCCCCAGCAGAUCAGGUUGAAAUUGAAAAGUUAGAAGAGCGAGCCUCUAAUCUAAAAAAGGAGCUUGCAAACAAGAACAGGUACCUCAAGCUUCUCAUAGAUCAGCUGCGAGAUCUUAUUACUGACAUAUCUACAUGGCAAAGCCCUUGUUCCGUCUGAAGUUGUGGAUAGAUAUCUUUGUCUUGAGUUACGGUUCCUGAGAAUAGAGACUUUAGUCCAUAUUUUAACAUGAGGUGAUGAUGCAUCCGUCCUGACUUUCUUGCUCCUUCUGUUUAAACUUUGACAUAUAUUCAUUUUAGAGGUUAAAAGCAGGGUGACCAGGUUCCACAGGGGGAAACAAUUAUUUUGGAGAAAUUUUGAAUGAAAAAUAGAGCAGUGAAGGAUUUUGUAUAUCCUGAUAUAUUUUACAUUAUGGAUAAAAAGGAUUUCAGGUCUGAAUAACCUAGUUUGUUCAUGAUAGUCAUUCAUGUGAUGAGAUUGUUCAUCUGAUUGAUGUAUGAAAUGACAUCAGACAGAUAUUAAUGUUAAUUUGGCGUGUAA